GAUGAUGAAAUAGAAUUUCAUAAGGAAAAUUCCUUUACUUCCUAUUCAUCCACUUCUUCUACGAAAAGUUCAAGUCCCAUUAAUAUUCCGUCACGUCCUUCACGUCCCGUUUCUCCAUUUCUUCAUAUAUCAAAAAUGUCUUUACGUAGUGGUACUCCUUCACCACCUACAGAAUCUUCUUCCGCUGACUAUAGCUCAUCGAAACAAUCUAUACCUGAAAUUACUUUCUCAAAUGAUGUUUCACCUGAAAUGGAAAGACAGGAUUCAGUAUUUUAUCAAUCAUUAGUAAUUAAAAUCAGUCAGCCUGUAGGUAGUAUGUCCAUUUCACCAUCAAGUCGUGAUAUCGUGUUGGCGACUCGUAAAGGACUUUCUAUCAUUGAUCUUGAAAAUCCAUAUCUAGCUCCACGAGAACUUCAUCAUUUGACCAAAUGGGAAGUGGCUGAUGUACAAUGGAAUCCCCAUCUAUCUUGUGAUAAUUGGGUCGCUUCUACAUCUAAUCAAAAAGCACUUAUUUGGAAUUUAUCAUCGGCCAUUCAACAUGAGCAUAUUCUUCACGCUCAUAAUCGUGCCAUAAGUGAUAUCAAUUGGCAUCCUUUUAAUUCAAAUAUGUUGGCUACAUGUUCUGUUGACACUUAUGUACACUUAUGGGAUUUAAAAUCGCCAAAAAAACCAGCAAAGUCGUUUUGUGCUUGGAUAGCUGGUGCAACACAAGUCAAGUUUAAUAAAAAGAAUGAAUUUAUAUUAGCAUCUGCUCACGGCAAAGACUUAUAUAUAUGGGAUACUAGGAAAGGAUCACUUCCUAUAACUAAAAUUAGCGCGCACACAACUAAAAUCUACGGAAUUGAUUGGAGUAGAUCGAAUGCUGACAAUAUAAUAACUUGUAGUCUGGAUCAAUCAGUGAAGUUCUGGAAUAUUCAAGAACUCGAUACCUGUCAGGGUGUUAUACAUACAAAUUCUCCUGUUUGGCGCGCAAGGCAUACACCAGUUGGUAACGGCAUUCUAAUAAUGCCUCAACGUUCAGAAAAAAAUUUAUAUCUUUGGAACAAAGAAAAUCUUCAAACCCGUAUACAUGCUUUUGUAGGGCAUCACGAUGUAGUUAAAGAAUUUGUUUGGAGAGUUAAAAGUGAUGGGGACCCAACAAUUGAUAACAGAGAAUUUCAGUUAAUUACAUGGUCUAAAGAUAAAACCCUGCGAUUUUGGCCGAUAAAUGAUGAAUUAUUGAAGGAAAUUGGACAUGAAAGAGGAAGAUCCAUAAAUCCAACAGAUCAGGUUAAGCAAACUGGAAAAUCAACAUCCACAUUUCGUGAUCUACCAAUGAAUAAUCAUUCGAUCUCUCCUACUUUGUCAACAUCAACAUCCUAUCCCCCUCUUCGUAUUAUUUCAGGAAGUCGCGCAAUCACAAAUAUCCCUUUUCGCCCUUCUGGAGCUUCAGCUGGAGGGGGAAAUAUCAAGGGUUAUAUGGUAGCAGCUGGGAUGUUGCGACGUUCUUUAUUGUGGAUGCAGAAUGUAAAAAUGGUUAAACCUAGUGGAGAGAUUGGAAACACUGAAUAUAUUCCGCCAAAUACGCAUGAGGAAAUGGCUGGUGUUGCACAAAAAUUUUCCAAUGUCGAAUUUGAAAAACUCGAUAUACAAGGCAAAUAUUGUACAAUAAGCUUACACGGUAGCAGACAUGCUUUCAUACGUAUUAAUGUAACAUUUCCUCCACAAUAUCCCAAUAAGGUUCUACCGAUUUUUGAUAUACAAAAAACUGGAAUGAUAUCUAUAUAUAAUAGAACUCGCAUGCUAAAAUGUUUAAAGGAUAUAGCCCGUUCAUGUGUAUCUCAAAAUAGGCCUUGCCUGGAAGCUUGUAUUCGUUAUUUACUUGGAGAACAUACUCAGGAAGAUGGUCAAGAGCGUUAUGGAAAAGAUGAUUCAGAUGAUGAGAAUUACAUAAAUGCUACAAGAAGAACAUCUUAUGACAAAAACUUGAAUUAUAUCCUUGGGGAUAAGGAAGAUUAUAAUGUUCCUUUUCCAAAAUUAUGUGGAACAAAAUUUAAUGCUUCAGGAAAACUUGUAUGUUUCUUUUCAAGUCUACGAUCUCCUGAUGCAAGUAAUAAUACUAGAAAUAAUGAAAAAACUAGCUAUACAUAUACUCACCCUAGGUCAUAUGAUUCUUGGGAACAAUACAGGAUGAUUUCACAGUUGCCAAGACCAAUUACACAUUAUGGGAGAGACGAUGAUGACUCGUAUAAUGAAGUAGAUGAUGACUCCAAUGCUUUACUGUCUUUCCAUUCAUAUCUAAUGAGUGAUUUACAAGAUAAUGCUAAUCCAUCCAAUAAUAGUCUUGCAUUAUUUCAAUCGACAAAAUGGGAUAGAUAUACUGUCCACAUGUAUGAUUUCUCGGAAUGGAUGCCAAUUAGUCAAAAACUGGCAAAGGAAUAUAUUCUUCAUGGAGAUGAUCCAGUUGAGAUUUGUAAAUAUAAUGCUCAAGUAGCAGCGGACAAUAAUCGACCAGAUCUGAAACAAGUCUGGUUACUUGCAUCUUUAAUUCUUGGUCAAUCUGGUCCCACUAAAUUUAGAAAUUCUUUAUCUAGUGAUGAGAUUAUAUUAACAGGAGUUUAUCAAAAACAUGCAAGCAAAAGGAAAGAAAUUGGAAGCGAAUAUGAUUCAUUUAUGAGCAAAGCAUUUCAUGGACUUUUUGAAAAGUUUAAUUUGGGAUUCCAUCCAUUUGGAAGAAGUCUUGUAAAAGAUCUGCUUAAUCAUUUUUCUUCAGUAGGUGAUAUACAAACAGCAGCAAUGCUGUCAUGUGUUUUUAGACAACCUUUCCCUCCACAUCGAAAGGACAAUAGAGCAAAUGAAUUUCAACUUUUAACAUCAGGAUUAGUAGUUGGUAAUAAUAUAUCCAGUAAUACGGACUAUUUCAAUUAUUAUUAUCGUUAUCCAGAAAAACAAAAUCCCUAUCAUUAUGGCUUCCCUUCAAUUUCCGGAAUAACAUUUGGUGAAUCAUGUAAUUCAUCAAAAAGUUCCUAUACAGAAAUGGUUAACUAUGUUACAAACGGAUAUGGAGCAAAUCCUUAUGGGAUUACUCCUCCGACUCCAUCUGGUUAUCCAUAUGGACAAUCGGAAGGGUCCGGUAUUACAGUUCCUCAUACUUCACACCAUCAUAGAAGAUCAACUUUUGGUGGCACUUCAAAAGAAUCAAACUUAUUUCCUUCGAGCAUUUCAGCGUCGCCACCAAGAACUCCAAAGAAAGGUAGUCCAGCCACUGGUGGUCUCAACAAUAGAUUGGAUGGAUGGGUAGGACACGAAAAACCUGGCGAAAUUUCUGAUGAAAAAUCUUGUGAUUUAAUCUUUUCAUUUUAUUCAGAUGAUUUCGAUGAUGAAAAAAGGCCAAUUCCAGUUAGUUUAUUAGAUGAUCAAAUAGAAACAAAUGUAAGAUAUGAACAAUUACGCCUUGCUUAUGCAGAAUUAUUAUACCAUUGGGGAUUAUUUGAAGCAAGGGCAGAGCUUUUAAAAUUUAUGAAAUUUGUAAGAACUACAGUUGGUAGCCCUAUUGGAGAACUACAAGAACCUUUAGAAAUUGAUAUACAUUGUUCACAAUGUCAUUCUGAACUAAAGGGUGCUAAAUAUUGUGUUAGUUGUCGUAACAAAAAGAACGCAGAGAUCGAAUCAAAGGGUGCAACGUUUGUUAAUCGUCUUAGCAGCAACAAGCACAGAGAAGAAAGUGAUUAUCUUAGAAGAGCUGGCAUAAAAUGUUCUAUCUGUAAUCGGAUUGUUAGAGGGUUAUCAAAUUUCUGUAUGUCUUGUUCCCAUGGAGGACAUACAAAACAUAUUCACGAAUGGUUUGAAGGAAAUAAUGAAUGUCCAACAGGUUGUGGAUGUCAAUGUAAAAUACGAAAUUGCAAUUUUUAGAAGAUUGUAAAUAGAUUUUUUUUUUUUUUUUUUUUACAUUAUAUUAAUUAAAUUUUGUUAUAAAUUGUAUAUAAAUAUUCAAAAUCGCGAAUAUAUUUUAUUCCCACUGAUGUAAUUUAUCGACUAUUUAAGUUACUGCAUAUAUUCAAUAACUGUGUUAUUACGUUAUUAUGCAGACGUAGCUUUAGUUAAUAUAUAGUAUUUUCUCCGUAAAAUUUAAUAUAUAUGUUACAUUUAAUUUAAAUUAUGUAAUGCGAUAAAAAUAUCAGAUAAUUUAUGCAACAGUAAUUUAUUUAUACCUUAAUCUAAAAAAUAUCAAACAGCAUAUCCUAUUUGGCCG